AUGGUCGACGUCGAGGAAACAAUCAACCGAAUAAUGGCUCGCGAUGGCGUCACCGGUGUGAUCGUCAUGGAUUUUUCAGGAAGAGCCAUUAAAUCGACACUAGACGAUGCGAGCACGUCACAAUACAGCACUGCCAUUCAACAACUUUGUGAGAAAUCGAAAGGACUCGUUCGUGAACUGGACAGCGGAAACGAUUUGACGUUUUUACGCCUUCGAACGAAGAAAAAUGAAAUACUGAUUGCUCCGGAUAAAGACUAUUUAUUGGCUGUGAUUGAAAGUUUGUCUUCG